AUGGAGAAGGCCAAUCACUCAGUGACCGAGUUCAUCCUGCUGGGCUUCACAACAAAUCCCAUGAUGCAGCUGGUCCUCUUUGUGCUGUUCCUGGGAGUCUACUCCAUGACCUUGUUUGGAAACACCACCCUCAUAGUGUUGACCUGCCAUGACUCCCGGCUACACACACCCAUGUAUUUUUUCAUUGGAAAUUUGUCUUUUCUGGAUCUCUGGUAUUCCUCUGUCUACACUCCUAAGAUCCUAGUGACCUGCAUGUCUGAAGACAAAAGCAUCUCAUUUGCUGGCUGCCUGUGUCAGUUCUUCUUCUCGGCUGGAUUGGCCUACAGUGAGUGUUACCUGUUGGCUGCCAUGGCUUAUGACCGCUACAUGGCCAUCUCCAACCCCUUGCUUUAUGCUCAGGCCAUGACAAAGAGAUUGUGCAUUGCAUUGGUUUUAUAUUCCUACACUGGAGGGUUUGUCAAUGCAAUAAUAUUAACCAGCAACACAUUCACUCUGGAUUUUUGUGAUGACAAUGUCAUUGAUGACUUUUUCUGUGAUGUCCCACCACUAAUAAAGUUAGCAUGUAAUGUGAGAAAGAGCUAUCAAACUGUGCUGUACUUCCUCUUGACUUCCAAUGUCAUUACCCCCAGCCUGUUCAUCCUGGCCUCCUACAUUUUCAUCAUCGCUGCUAUCCUAAGGAUUCGAUCCACCCAGGGCCGCCUCAAGGCCUUCUCCACCUGCUCCUCGCUCCUCAUCUCUGUGACCUUGUACUAUGGCUCCAUUCUCUACAUCUACUCUCGUCCAAGUUCCAGCUAUUCCCUUGAGAGGGACAAAAUGGUUUCUACCUUUUAUACGGUGUUGUUUCCCAUGUUGAACCCUAUGAUCUACAGUCUGAGGAAUAAGGAUGUGAAAGAGGCUCUGAGGAAACUCUUCAAGUUAGCACAACCUGAAGUCUAA